AUGCUCUGUUUUUCAUCUCUUUUUUUUUUCGUUUCUUUCUUUGCUCACUUAUUCAUUAAAUGGUCUUUCUUUCUUUUGCGUUUUUUCUUUCUUUUUUUCGGUUACCCAUUCACUAAACGUUCUUUCUUUCUUUCUUUCUUUCUUUUAUUCACGAAAUGCCCAUUCUUUCUUUUUUUCUUUCUUUCGUCGGUUACUCAUUCACUAAUUGUUCUUUCUUUCUUUCUUUGUCACUUUUUCAUUAAAUGCUCUUUCUUUCUUUACCCAUUCACUAAAUGCUCUUCCUUUGUUUUUCGCUAUUUCUUUCUUUCUUUAUUCACUUUUUCUUUCUUUCUUCGCUUUUCUUUCUUUAUUCGCUUUUACUUUCUUUCUUUAUUCGCUUUUUCUUUCUUUCUUUCUUUCUUUCUUUCUUUCUUUCUUUCUUUCUUCGCGUUUCUUUCUUUCUUUCUUGCUUGUUUGAUUUCAUUCUUUUCUGUUUUCUUUCUUUCUUCCUUCCCCCUUGAUUUUCUUUCUUUCUAUCUUCCCUUUUCUUUCUUUCUUUGCUUUUCUUUCUUUCUUUUCCUUUUUUUCUUUUUUCUUUCUUUCUUUCUUUCUUUUUCUUUCUUUCUUGCUUUUGUUUUGAUUUCAUUCUUUUCUGUUUUCUUUCUUUCUUUUCUUUUUUCUUUCUUUCUUUUUUUCUUUCUUUAUUCGCUUUUUUCUUUCUUUUCAUUUUUUCUUUUACUUUCUUUCUUUCUUUUUUAUCUUUAUAACCCUUUCCCUUUUAUAUUUUCUUUUUUGAUUUCCCAAUUCUUUUUUCUUUCUUUUUUUUUUUCUUUCUUUCUUUCACUAAAGUGUUUUCUUUCUUUUUGUUUCUUUCUUUAUUCUUUCUUUUUUUUCUUUCUUUCUUUCUUUCUUUUCUUUCUUUCUUUACUUUUUGAUUUCAUUCUUUUCUUUUCUUUCUUUAUUCAUUUUCUUUUAUUUCUUUUUUUUUCACUUUUUUUUUUUUUAACCCUUUUUCAUUUUCAUUAUUUUCUUUUUUCUUUCUUUUUUGUUUCUUUCUUUCGGUCCAUUCUUUUUCUUUCUUUCUUUCUUUCUUUCUUUCUUUCUUUCUUUCUUUCUUUCCUUUUAUCAUUGUUUUUAUUCAAAUCUUUCUUAAUUUCCGUCUUUCAUAAUUUGGAUCAUGGCCUGUCGAAGAAAGAAAGAAAGAAAGAAAUUUCUUUCUUUCUUUCUUCUUUUCUUUCUUUCUUUCUUUCUUUCGCUUUUUCAUUCUUUUCUUUUUUUUUUUUUCUUUCUUCUUCCUUGUUUUCUUUCUUUCUUUUUUCUUUUUUUUUUCUUUCUUUCUUUCCUUUCUUUCUUUUCUUUCUUUAUGGCUUUUUGAUUUCAUUUCUUUUCUGUUUCUUUCUUUAUUCGCUUUUUCUUUCUUUCUUUUUUCGCUUUUCUUUCUUUCUUUCUUUAUGGCUUGUUUCAUUUCAUUCUUUUCUGUUUUUUUUCUUUCUUUCUUCCACCUUGAUUUUCUUUCUUUCUUUCUUUCUUUCUUUCUUUCUUUCUUUCUUUCUUUCUUUCUUUCUUUCUUUAUGGCUUGUUUCAUUUCAUUCUUUUCUGUUUCUUUCUUUAUUCGCUUUUUCUUUCUUUCUUUAG